AUGAGUUAUAAAUUAAAUGGUUCUAACUUUUGGGUACAAUUGCGAGGUCAGGAACUAAGGAAUUUGUGGAAGCUCUUGCAGCUGCUGAAAAAGGUUAAAGAAGUUUCCAAUGAGUGGUCACUGGUGAACAAGCAGAAGCCCAUUUGGAUGAGAAAGCCUGAAGAGAUCACAAAGGAAAAGCAUUUGGAGGAGCAUUUGGAUGUGAAGCACUUCUCUGUUGAGGGCCAGUUGGAGUUCAAGGCUGUCCUUUUUGUUCCAAAAAGAGCUCCUUUUGACGUCUUUGAUACAAGGAAGAAGCCCAACAAUAUCAAGCUCUAUGUUCAUCGUGUGUUUAUUAUGGACAACUGUGAGGAGUUGAUGCCUAAAUAUUUGAGCUUUGUGAAGGGAAUUGUGGAUUCUGAGGACCUUCCUCUUAACAUCUCUAGAGAGAUGUUGCAGCAGAACAAGAUCCUGAAGGUUAUUCGCAAGAACUUGGUGAAGAAGUGUGUUGAGCUGUUCUUUGAAAUUGCUGAGCACAAAGAGGAUUAUAACAAGUUUUAUGAGGCCUUCUCUAAGAACCUCAAGCUUGGCAUUCAUGAGGAUUCUCAGAACAGGUCUAAGUUUACUGAACUGCUACGGUACCACUCCACCAAGACUGGUGAUGAGAUGACCAGCUUGAAGGACUAUGUAACCAGAAUGAAGGAGGGCCAUAAUGAUAUUUACUACAUUACUGGUGAGAGCAAGAAGGCUGUUGAGAACUCCCCCUUCCUUGAGAAACUGAAAAGGAAGGGGUAUAAAGUGCCUUACAUGGUUGAUGCCAUUGAUAAGUAUUCAAUUGGUCAUUUGAAGGAAUUUGAGGGCAAAAAGCUUGUUUCCGCUACCAUUUAAUUGUCAACGCAACUCAUUCUGACUCAUGCAAAUUCAGCUCAAUCUUCUUAUUUUGUAGUGAAAAUAUUUAGCAUAAGUAGCAAAAUAUUUAUGUUUUCAUAAUUAAUACAAAUCCUCAUAGUAAUGGCUUUGAUGUUUCUUAUGUGGUUGAACAACAAGAGAUGCUACUAGCUGAAACUGAGAAUUUGCAGAAGAGGAUAUCACUAUGACUGUUUGACAUAAUAAACAUCUUCAACCAGUUGUUCAGUCUGAAAGCUUUUUGGACCACUUAUUUUUAGUGAAAGUGAUAGUGUAAGUCGAAAGGGAAUUGGAGAAGUUGUGAUUAUAGAGGUUGCGGUGAAGAUGAAAAGAGAACGGAAGGUUUUAUAGGUGGCUGAGACGAGGAAGAAGAAGAAGCGCGAUACUGAUUUGAAGAUGUUACCAACUACUGUAGCUCGUGUUAAAAGUCAUGAUUCUAGCAUCUCAGUUGCACCGGCGAGUUUAGAAUUAUCUCCGAAAUACUACUUCGUGUAAACCGGCUGUGAAUUCUAACUUUGCAGAUAAUGAAUCAAACGAUGUGACAAACGAAAGCCCGAAAUUUGUAGAUCUUGAUGAGGAUGACUGUGUGGAAAUUGCAACCAGUAAUUCAGUGUUGAGAGAAAGAUAGCAGAAAAUGAGAGGCUUCAGGAACUAAGCAUGAUGCCAGCAGGAGGGGAGGCAAGAGUACAGUGCAAUACAGCAUUAUUUAGCAGGAAACAAGCGUCAACUUAACAUGAUGAAAGGCCAAGCUGGUGUCUCUACUUCCUAUGAUCCAUUGUCUCCUCAUCAUCAUGACAAGAAGUCCCUUUACCUUCACUAGGGCAAAUCGAAUAAAGCACUCCGAGGAUAGAACAUUUGUGCUUGGAAGGUCCAAAAUUACGUCUAAUCAAUGCUUAUGCUUAAGUUAGUACAACUUACCUCAUCUAAGACCUCUAAUGAAGUUUGUCUCGCUGCUCAGAAGAGUGUUAAUGUCAUCACAAAUGUUUCAAGUGAGUGCUCUUCAAUCGAAUGCUUUAUUUUUUUUCCUAUCUUGUUCGUGUAAACCAAGAAUCAUAGUUUUUUAAGACGCUAAUUUACUUGUGAUCGAUUCUGACUCUUUUCUUCAGCAAAACCUCGAAAUGUGACUUCUGCUUUGAAAACCAACACUGCAGAAGGAGAUGCUAUUGGAUUGGAAACCAAAAGAAAGUCCUCCGGAAGGUAUUGCGAAUUGCUACUAUGACUGCUUGUUGCCUUCUUGGAUAUUA